AUGGACAUAAAUGUUGACGUUGGUGUGAGUACCUGGCGUGAGGACCUCGACGCCCGUGGUCCUAAUCUCAAUCCCCGCGGUUCGAAUCCUGGCGAGGUUGAG